AAGCCAGAGCUGCAGCAACAGCGUCUCAACCUGGGAUGUGCACCAACCCCGGAGAGCGAGAUCAAAGGGACUGGAAACAGACUGGGGACUGGCGGGGGGAGGGGGCCGGCCAGCCUGUGGAGUCCUUCCGGAGAGGCGGAGGGCCCGGUUUCCACCGCGACUCCAGCGGCCUGCUUGGGGUUUUAAUUAUUAUUUUGAAAUUUUUGAAUCGAGCUAGAGCGAGAGAGCAAGAGAUCUCCGUAGACUGCGACUCGCUGGCUCUCGCUCCGAGAUGAUGCAGAGUGCGACUGUCCCCGCGGAGGGGGCUGUCAAGGGGCUCCCGGAGAUGCUAGGUGUGCCGAUGCAACAGAUCCCCCAGUGCGCUGGCUGCAACCAGCACAUCCUGGACAAGUUCAUCCUGAAGGUCCUGGACAGACACUGGCACAGCUCCUGCCUCAAGUGUGCAGACUGCCAGAUGCAGCUGGCGGACAGGUGCUUCUCCAGGGCUGGGAGCGUCUACUGCAAGGAGGACUUCUUCAAGCGCUUCGGCACGAAAUGCACGGCUUGCCAGCAGGGUAUCCCCCCGACCCAGGUGGUCCGCAAGGCCCAGGACUUUGUCUACCACCUGCACUGCUUUGCUUGCAUCAUCUGUACCCGGCAGCUGGCCACAGGGGACGAGUUCUACCUCAUGGAGGACGGGCGGCUGGUGUGCAAGGAAGACUACGAGACGGCCAAGCAGAACGAUGACUCAGAGGCUGGAGCUAAGCGGCCGCGGACCACCAUCACAGCCAAGCAGCUGGAGACAUUAAAGAAUGCAUACAAGAACUCCCCCAAGCCUGCCCGGCACGUGAGAGAGCAGCUGUCCUCAGAGACAGGCCUGGACAUGAGGGUCGUACAGGUUUGGUUUCAGAACAGAAGGGCCAAAGAGAAACGCCUGAAGAAGGACGCGGGGCGGCACCGCUGGGGGCAGUUCUAUAAGAGCGUCAAGAGGAGCCGGGGCGGCAGCAAGCAGGAGAAGGAGAGCUCUGCAGAGGACUGUGGGGUUAGUGACAGUGAGCUGAGCUUCCGAGAGGAUCAGAUUCUCUCAGAACUUGGCCACACCAAUAGGAUGUAUGGCAACGUGGGGGACGUUACAGGCGGACAGUUAAUGAAUGGGAGCUUCUCCAUGGACGGGACAGGACAAUCCUAUCAGGACUUGAGGGAUGGGAGCCCCUAUGGAAUCCCCCAGUCUCCAUCCUCCAUAUCGUCCCUGCCAUCCCACGCUCCUUUGCUCAAUGGGCUGGAUUACACGGUGGACAGUAAUUUGGGCAUCAUUGCGCAUGCAGGGCAGGGAGUAAGCCAGACACUGAGAACCAUGGCUGGGGGACCCACCUCUGACAUCUCCACAGGAAGCAGUGUAGGCUAUCCUGACUUUCCAACUAGCCCAGCCUCUUGGCUCGAUGAAAUGGAUCAUCCUCCUUUUUAAACUUCUCUCCUCCCCACCCUAUCUGUCCUCCUGGCUUGAGAGACUAUCUUCAAGGAUCAAAAGAGACUUGCCUUUUAAGGAUCAAAAGUACGCCAAUGUGAAUUUCCAUUAUUUUCAAUGGAAGUCCUCCGCUGAUUCCUAGAAGGCUGUGAGAUCACGCUAGGGCGCUGUUUUCCUGGGGAAGCGGCGGGAGAGCAGCCUUAUCUCAGAACACAGCACAGCGGGUAAUGGCCUAGAGCUCUAGGGACGCUGGCUUGUUGGGUCUCUCCCCUCCUGUUCUGCUUAUGGGCUUGGCUGCUCGGUGCUUUGGCAGCAGAAGGUGACUGUGAUAGGCGCCUCUGGCCUUUGGGAACUUUGCUCCAACUGGUGUGUUUCACGCAAUGCCUCCCAAAACGCUGCUUCACCAGAACUGAGAUUCCUGAGGUGGAGGCCUCACAGCCCUUGAGUAAAAUAGAAGUGAUUUCUGGACUACCCUUAUUGAACCUAUAUCUCAAAAUGAAAAGGUCAGUUAUUAAAGGUCAGUGAACACUUCGAUGGCCACAGUUUGAUAUUAAAAACAUGUCCCCCCCUUUUUUUUUGCUGUGAAAAUAUGAAUUCUUUCCUACAAAGCAGAGAAUAUGAGUUUGUUUUGGUUUUUAAGUCCCAUAUGUAUCGCUGACUCCGAUGGCAAGAGGUGGUUUUCAUUGCAGGUGACUGAGGCUGAGCUGAGUGGCCCUGGGGCACCACUGCAGACUGCCUGAUGAGUCCCCUUGGUGCACAGCGUGCCUUCUUCAUUUGCUUGUAUUAUUUAUUCCACAAGACAGGCUGUGGGCUACAAAAUGAGCAAAACUAAAAUGUGGGGAGAAGAGAAUGACAAUCAGUGAACAUUUGUAGACACAUUUGGAUUCCACACCUGCAGUCUGUUCAGCCGUAUCAGCAAAUGCCAGUCUUCCAGAGUUCCCCAUCCUAUUGGGUGAAAUAUUUGGAGUCUGUUUUGAGGGAGUUGGUUUAGAUGAGCUUGCAAGUCUACCCCUGUCUCCUUAAUAAUGAAAGCUUUCUCUGCUGUCCUGGCUGACUCAAUUGGAGGACAGUUUUGGUCGUUUCCAGGAACCAGCAAUGGUUUUUUGGCCUAUGUUGGUUGGGAAGAAUAAUUUGGGGAGCAGCCCUAAAAUUGUCCAAAGGGUUCUAAGUGGUCCUUGGGCUGCAUCUCUCUGGAUUGCUGGCUGGACACCUGCCAUGCUUUGGGCUGCAGUUCCAUGGUCAGAAAGCCAGAGCUCGCUAGCCAGUGCUGGUGCAGGGACUCCUGUUGUGCAGGUUUGCAGUAGCACAUCACCAAGCCUGAGGCCAGGGCAAGGCCAACCCCUGCUUUACCAGUUGCCACUUCUGCGACAGUGCACUGCUGUGGGAAACACUGUUCUGAAUGGUGCUUCAGCCCCCACUGGGUGCACCCAUCUGCCAUCAGGAAGCUCUCCAUUUGCAAACUGGAAUUUAGCCAGCUGGGAUUCACUCCUGUCCUUCUGGAAAGCUGUGGUUUGCUUCUUCUGGCCUCCCAUUCUCUUAAAUGAGAUCAGCAGAGUGGAAAAGGGUGAGAAGGCACUGCCUUUCUAUCACAUGAAGUGAUGGGGCCAGAGACCCUAAGGACCCUUCCUUCUGUGAAUGGUUGGUCACCUUUUGAGGACUGCACAGAUUUAGGCAUGUCGUAGGCAGACUAAAGGAAGAAUACACAGUUCCUCUUGGGCUGCUGCAUCUUUUCUAAGCCUCCUUCCAGGACGAAACUGAGUUCAUUUAAGCUUCUUUCAAAUAGUAAAUUCUGGGAUCAGCCUUUGGGCCACCUCUUCUCUGACCAAUUUUAUAGCGUACCCUUGUUUUUUGGUGUGCUGCAGUGGUCAUGAUUUUUGCUUGAGGAGUCUGCAAAUGUAGAUGCUUUUCUUGAGGUUCCAUGUUUAUGGAUGAUGGUGUGUUAAGCCUAGCCAAUUCUGUGCUAUUGGGAAUUCGGCAAUCAUGUGAACAUUGGGGUGGGGAGGAAGACACAAAUGCAAGAUAACAAGCCAUGUGAGGAAAAGAAAAUGCAAUUGUCUUUUGGAGGAUGGCUUUUUAAAUACACAUGUCUUAGCAGGCUGCUCAAAAUACACAGGAGAAAAGGCUCUGCUGGGCAGUGAGCCAGUUGAAAAGCUGCCCGCUCAGAUCAAUGUUGCAGGUUGACUAUUUGGCUGACCAAGUCAUAGAUUUCAGGGGCACUUGAUGUUUUUGGUGAGUAUAGUGUGGGGGAGAGCAGGCUCUUUAGAGAGGGGGCAUCCUCCUCUGUGUAGCACUGUUUAAGAUCACUCUAAGUUUAUCAGUUUUUGUUUCUGUAAGUUAAUCAUACUAAUUCCCAGUUCAAUAGUGGAAGAAGGAGAGGCCUUACUCAUUUAUACUAAUAUAAUAAAUCUCUUGAGGAACUCAGUGAACAGUUAACGAGAUCAAGAGUUCUUUGGCAUCAGUAGGGCUGGGUAGCUGGAAGAACCCUUGAGAGCACUGGCCUGAAAACCAGGAGAGCUUUAUGUUUUCCAGAGCCACCUCCCCAGAAUGCAGCAAACAUUGUUGCCUGUUUAGAAGCACAGUCACGGUAGGUCUAAGAUUUUUGCAGGUGGAGUUAGCAUUAUGGGUGGGCCGGUGCCACUAAUGAGCCUCUGCAUGACAAGACUGUUCCUUGGCUCUUCUGGAGUUUGGAAAUGGAGAAAAGCAGGGCAUUCAUUACCUUUAGCUUCUCUUGGAGGCACUCCUCUGUUGCUUGGAAGUUCUAUUAUGGGGUAUAACAUGCUACAUGGUAGCUGUUUUCCCCUUGCUAAAAUGUAUGGAUGAAUUUUAAAAAUGAAAUGAGACCUUCUAGAGGCAUUCACAAUAUUUUGACCUGUCUUUGACUCUAAGACAGCAAUUAACUAGCAACCAUUAUCUGCAGUGCGUGGCUGGCCAAUUUUAGAGUAGGAAGCUCUUGAAUCCAGGAGCAAAUUAUUUAAAACCUCACCAGUGGUAACUGGUAUAAGCAAACAUGGAAACUGAGGGGCUUUGGAGGAAUCUAUAUUUGUUGGAAGGUAAUGAAACCAUGGAGGAAAUACCAGGUUUAAGGGCUAAGCUGGCCCAAUGGGUAAAUCACAUUGUUGGGAGUGGGGUUCUUGGCCUUUCAAGGAGUUACUGUGCAACCUCAGGCAAAUUCCUUUCAGUCUUUGUGCUUUCUCUUUCUUGUCUCAUCUGACAGUUAUGAAUAUAAUGUAAAAUAAAAAUCAACUACCAUAUUGCUAACAUUGUUCCUGCAAAUGAAUACUGUGAAACAUCAGGGAAAGAAGAAAAAAUUAAGACUCAAGAAAAGCAUUUGGCAGUGUCCUUAAAAUUUUUUUUCUUGGCCAGUGUAAAACAGGAAACCUAGUAAGGUAAUCUGGCUGUUAGAUCUUCAUCAUUAAGUUCACUUUGCAAGGAAGUGUAAGAAGUCUGUAAAACAAAAGACAUUCCCAUCUCUGAAGCUCAAGCUGGUGAUUGCAAACUGCCUCCUUAUGGGAGGGGUUCAAGGCUUCCAAUUAGAAAAGCUGUGUGCUGUAUGACAGUCCACUCUCUGGAACCUACACUCUCACAUGCCACGACUGACAACUUGGUCAUAACCAUGAAAAUAAUGACCGUAGCCCGCAGGGUCUGGAGGGCCUGAGGAGGCUCAUUUUUAAACAUUGCACUUUAAAAAUUGGAAACCGUGAGAUGAAGAAAAAUUCAAUUAAGUGGAAAUGAGUUUUGUUUUAUUGCCUGCUGCUGAAGGGCUCUGGGCAUGCUGAAAGCUAAAUAAAAAGCACAUCACUGGCUCUCUCUUUCUUGGAUUGGUCAAUUGGCCCUUUUUGCAGUAGUUGCUCCAACUGCUCUAAACACAGUGACUGGAGCCAAAAAGAGAGAGCUCAGCAAAGUCAUCCCAUCCACACUCUGCUUGGUAGGACCACACUAAAAGCACAGUUUCAUGCUGCUAGCUCUGGUGAGGAGAAAGCUGCAGGUUUGGGAGGUACACCAAGCAUUCCUUUGCUUAGGGAGGCGGAGCACAGGUGAACAGAGGAAGGACACCCCCUCUCUCAUCUGUUGCUCACCAAGAGGCAAGAAUCACACCAACUUUCCCACUUGAGGACUGUGUUCGGCCAAACAAGCAGGUUCAGGGCUGUGGGAUUCCAGAAGUUGCUCUGAGCUUGCAGUCAGACCUCAAAGCCCCAGAUCCCCUCAGCUCUGGAUUGUUGCCCUCAUCCUUCACAGUGUAAAUUUUGUACAGUUAAAGAGAAAUGAAGUCUCAUUUCCUGGAGAAAAAAAAAAAAAAAACGGAAAAAAAAAAGGACCCACCUAUCCUUAUUUAUUGCCAUGUGACUUUGGAAAACAGAAGCUGUUGCGUUUGUUUGUAUAUGCCUCCUGUGUGUUGGCAUGAGAUGUAUACGGUAACAUUAUGUAAAAUAAAUAUGGAAAUUCUUUA